UCUUUAAACUUCUCUGGAAUUCUGGUAACCCUUUUCGGUCGCUCGACUUUCUGCGGUGUAAUCGUCCGAUUCCUCUCCUGCCGCUCCUGUCGGAUCGGCAACGGUGUAACAGCCAACUCCCUCGGUGUUGACAUUUCCGCAAGCGUUGACGUUUCAGGCUGCAGCACGCACGGCUGCACGGCUUGUUGACCUUGUUGACAAACGGUUUCAUCUACCGUGGCUUCUCUGCGUUCCUCCCGGGUGUUGAGCUGUUGGUGAUCGUUCUCGUCGGUUGUUUCCUCCUCCCGAUAAUUCAUCACGCAGGAUGACGACUGGCGGUCAGGCAGCGUAGCGGGUUCUUUACGCGGCUUCAGAUGUACCAGCGAUCGGCGGUAAUCGGCACCUCCCACGUUCACCUGGUAUGAGCGUUCGUUGAGUCGGUUCGUGAUGGUGCCCUGUGUCCACAGCUUGGAAGUCUCCGGAUUCAGCUGCACGUAUACCGGGGAUCCAACUUCCAGUUCCGGCACAAGGUGGGUUGCGGCAGUUGGCACACCACAGCGAGUUGAACGGGACAGCAAGCGUGAUGCUGGACUGGAUCCGACGUUGUUCGGAAUGUUUCGCCAAUGCAGCAACGAAAACCAAAAGUCGGAUUCACUUUCAGCUGCCUUCUUCAUCAGCUGCUUGGCAAUCUUGACCGCGGCCUCAGCCUUGCCGUUGGAUUGUUGGUGGUGUGGUGCCGACGUGACAAGCUCAAAGUCCCAGUUGUUGGCGAACUGCACCAUUUUUCGGUUGGCAAAGUUGGUUCCGUUGUCGGUGACGACACGUUGGGGCACACCAAACCUCGCGAAGUUCUGUUUGCAGGCGUUGAUCACGGAUUCCGGACUCAGAUCUUUCAGCAGGUUCACUUCGAAAAAGUCCGAGUAGUGAUCGACGGUGAUCAGGAACUUGUGCUUGACGCCGCUCUGCUCAGCGAAGAAGACAUCCAUUGACACGAGUUGGAACGGAUGUACCGGAAUUUCGUGACUUUUCAUCGGAGGGUUUUGUUGAGACGCGGCAAACUUUGCACAGACAGAGCACCCUUUCACCGCGUUCUUGAUCUCUGACGUCAUGCCCGGCCAGAACAGGUUCGCCCUUGCCAACCGUAGUGUUGCUUCGAUGCCGUUGUGGCUUGCGUGACAACUCUCGAUCAUCUUCCGGCGGAGGAUAUAUGGGACCACAAUCCUGUCACUGCGGAAGACCAGCCCAUCCUGGGUAGACAGUUCAUGCCGAUAUCCAAAGAAGAUUUUGACGGCGUCCGGAACUUGAUCGGCAGAGGCAGGCCAUCCACCUCGAACGUAGCCGAUGACGUGCUGGAGUGGGGUGUCCUUUUCAGUCUCCCGCAUGAGAUCGUUCAGUUUGGCGCUCGACACACCUAAGAAGCUGCUGAGUUUCACCUCUUGGAUUUCUUCGAAGAUCUUGAAGAUGUCCUGCUUCUUGUAGAAGUCGUCUCCUUCUGCUCCGCUGGCUGGUGCACGUGACAAAGCAUCCGCAACCACAUUGUCCUUUCCCGUAACGAACUCCGUUGACAGCUUGUACCGCUGUAGGUUGAGCAACAUGUGUUGCAGCCGCCGUGGUGCUGACAAAAGCGGUUUCUUGAAGAUGUUCACCAGUGGCUUGUGGUCGGUCCUGACGGUCGCUUUUGGAUUUCCAACUAUCAGCUGGUCGAAUCUGG